UUUUCAAAUCUACAUUUUAUAAAAUGGAAGAGAGCUACCGGAGGUGCGGUAAUGAGUUGACCCGGUCGAGUUCUGGUGCGUCAUCUUUAAGUGUUGCGAAUUCCAAACAUACUUUUUUCCAGACUGGAAAUGCUACCACGAUUGUUGGGAAAUGAAGUUUGGAAGAGAUGAAAGAGAAACAAAAGAAUUACCUGUUCUGUUGUCAAAGUGACUUGUGGAAGUAGUGGCAGGCAGCUUUCAAAGCAGCAAUUAAAGGCAUAAGGACUGGGAUAAUGCAGAAGAUGGAUGAACAGAGGGCAGGCCUGGUUCCUAAUCUGUCAUUGUAAAGCUGAAGCUGGGGACGAAGUUUUAGCAUGCCAGAACAAGGAGAUAACUAAAAUGCUUUUCGUCACCAUGGUUCAUAGAGCUGUCUACACAAGUACUGUAGUUGAUGACAAGUACACAGGAUGGACAAAUGAGAAGCACAAUACAUUCCUGGACUGUCUUGAAGCAUCAUUUAUAAAGCAGUUGCAUAGAUCCAUGGCCUUGCGUGCUGGAUCUGUGGAACUGAACAAGAGCUGCAGCGAUUUGUCAGAAAAGUCAACUGCACAUGUCAACAAAGCUUCAGAGCAGGCAGACGUAUAUUUUGGGGAGGGGUCAUAUUUUCUACACCAAACACUGUUACCUUUUCUGCAUGAUGGCUGUUGGAAGAAGAUCAAGACUGUGAGGAAGCCACCUGCCGUGCACAUCGCAGCUAAUUCUCAUGAUAGCCUAAAAUUUCUACGCUGUGAUGGGCAUCAUCACGUUCUGGAUUGCCAAUUUUGUUGUGAACUCGAUUGCAAGGGGAAACGAACAAGAGAUGAGAGGUCUUCAUCUCGUGGACACGAAACAAGAUCACAGUUAAUCCUCCCCAAACCUGCAGAACUUCAGAAAACAGUUUGUAGACUUACUGAAGGUUCAGGUCAAAAUUUUGUGAAUGAAGAUUUUGACGAGAACUCGAGGUGCAAAAAGAUGAAGACAGCUUCGGUGGAAACUGCAGACCAAGAGCAGAUUGUUCCAACAAGGAAUAUGGGAGUUCAGGAGUUGCUAGUUCCAUGUUCCAGAGUAACGACCAAGUAAACCUCGAAAUUCAUCAGAAGACUGAGGCCAAUGUCUUGGGCCUCAUCGACUUUCUGAAAGGCAGCUAAGGGGUGGUGAAAAUACUGGAGAAUAGGGACUCGCAAACACAAGGAGUUGGUAAUUUGUUGGUGCUUUCCUAAAGGAGGAUGGCGAAUUUGAGCUGGAUGAAAUCACACUUGUUGCAGAAAGUAGGAGUCUUAGCGUAUCAUUUUUUGGGUAAAAAUAUAGAGUAGGAAAAGGUCUAGCGUGCAUUUGCAUAGGGUUGCGAUAUAGCACUAAAGUUGUAAAUGACAUGUAGAUAGUUACCUAUACAAGCGUAACUGUUUUGCAAGAAGAAAAAAACUAGAAAAUUAUCAUUUUUA